AUGGAAGUUGUCCAAACAAAAGAAGUCCCCGACAAAGCUAUCCUUCUCAAACACCGUGGAGAUGGGCUCGGAUUCCGAGAUCUCUUCACCGGUGACCCGGAAGAUCCCAUGAACAACUACUACGUGGUAUAUGCGACCCAAAAAGGCUUCUACUCGCCUGUUCACAAGCACAACUUCGAUCAAUUUCGAUUUCCCAUCAAAGGCUCCAUCAGUAUUCUACCCGACCUGGAUGUUGAGGAAGGAGAACUGUGCUACCAUCCCGAAGGCGUGAAAUACGGUCCCCAAAACGACGGCCCAGAAGAGCGAGCUGUGCUUGUUCUGCAAUUCGGAGGAGCGAGCAAGCAGGGAUACCUGAAUCAUUCCCAGCUCAAGGGGGCUGAAGAGUCGCUCCGCGAGAAAGGCGGGCGAUUCGAGCAGGGGAAGUACUUUGGUCCAAAUGCGAAUCCCUCGAUUCCUAUUGAUGGAUUUAGAGCCAUCUGGGAGGAAUAUACGGGACAGACGAUGAUAUUCCCCGAGGGAAGAUAUGGUUCAGUUGUCAAUAUGAAACCCGCGGCCUAUACCUAUGUCCAGGAUAAGAGUAACGCGACGAUUUCGAGGAAGAAGCUUGGAGUCUUCUCUGAGCGAGAGACACGCGCAGAGGUGGUGAAGGUUGUAGCUGGAGGAAGCUGGGAUAUUCCUUCUGAGGAUGCAACCAGGGUUUACUGGGUGAUUUCUGGAUCAGGAUCAGUAGAUGGUCAAGAGUUGAAGGCUGAAUCUGCUGGACGAUUGAAGCCGGGUUCUUCUGCAACGGUUAUCUGUGAGGGGGCCGAUCUGGAAAUUCUUUGCUUUGCUCUCCCAACUUUGUAUGCAUAA